AUGGCUUUCUUUCGAUGCUCGGGCUUUUCGGAAACGGCAAUGCGAGAGCGGCUCAGUAAACUUAGGCCUCAGCAAGACUGUAUCAAUACUUUGUCGAUGUGGUUAAUGCAUCACCAUCGACAUACCGACGACAUCGUGCAGAUAUGGCUAAAGGAAGUGCGAAAGGAGACGAAUUCGUCCCAAAUCGUAAACUUGCUGUACAUCGCCAACGACGUGAUUCAAAAUAGCCGCAAAAAGAACCCCGAAAUGGCAGUGAAGUUCUACUCUGUUCUCGAACCAGCUUUCCGACAUGCUGCAAAGAUCUCCGGGCCGGAGCUUGACAAAGCGAUGAUCAAGACACUAAACGUGUGGAGGGACAGACAGAUCUACAGCGAGGAGCAGUUGGCAACGUUUUUCAAGGCUUUCAAUUCUAGCCUCGACGCUGUGGUGAAAAGGCGUAAACCGAGUACAGGUAAUAGCAUCGUGCACUCACAUGUUCAUGCUCCUCACGUUCCUGAGCUGUUCUCAACAUCGACCGCACCACCAGCUCCUCCACCUGAAUUUGAUUCAGAAUUGGUUAGUGCGAACGUAGCGGAUGUGUUGGAAUCACUUCGCAAACUUGAUUAUCCUCCUAGCGCAGAUGCAGAAGUCAGGCAUGUGCAGUCUCCUAAUUUCAUAUGUAAUGUUGCUGAAGAUGUGAGUGGUAGUUUUAAGUUCUAUAGUGAUAGUUUCAGGCAUAAAAUUGCAUCAUACUCCGAAAUGAUUGCUACUCCUCAAUCACUCGAUACCAUAAAAAACAGUGCCCAGGCCAAAAAAUUGCUGGAGGAAAUCGCGGAAGCUGAGCCACUCGUGAAGGAUUAUUGUCAAAGGCUGGCAGAUGAGAUGCUAGAGCGUCGAAAUUUGCAAAAACUGUUCGACGAUAUGAUUGCCAAUGUGCGUGCAACGGUGGAUCUCCAUGAGAGAUUGCUGAAGGAAGUCAGAAGGAAAGAAGAGCGAGCUCGCAGUGAUCUGGCUGAGACUGCCAAAUUGCUCAUGGGGAUUGUGGAAAAGAUUGCUGAGGUGGAGCGAGAAAUCGCCAGAACUCAGAAGAAUAAGGCCACUGAGUACCAUCUUGGUCUGUUGAAGGCCAAGCUCGCGAAAUACCGCCAACAACUUUUGGAACCAGUUGGUGGAAAAGGAGGAUCAAAGGGAGAUGGAUUCGAUGUGAUGAAAAGUGGAGAUGCACGAGUAGCAAUGGUAGGCUUCCCCUCGGUAGGAAAGUCAACACUUCUUUCAACAAUGACAAGCACACAAUCAGAAGUUGCUGGUUAUGAAUUCACAACACUUACAUGUAUACCUGGAGUGAUAAACUACCAAGGAGCUAACAUUCAACUCCUUGAUUUACCUGGAAUCAUUGAAGGCGCUUCCCAAGGAAAAGGUCGAGGACGACAGGUUAUCGCAGUUGCUAAAACCGCUGACAUAAUCUUGAUGAUGUUGGAUGCUGGAAAAUCUGACCAACAACGUCCUCUGUUAGAGCGAGAAUUAGAAUCUGUUGGCAUUAGACUGAACAAACGCCCACCUCAUAUUUACGUCAAGCAGAAAAAGGUUGGCGGAGUCAAGUUCACUCAUACCGUUCCACUGACGCACUGUAAUGAAAAGAUGAUCAUGACGAUUCUGCACGAAUACAAAAUUUUCAAUGCUGAUGUAGUGUUCCGGGAAGAUGCAACCGUCGACGAGUUCAUCGAUGUUAUUCAAGGGAAUCGGGUUUACAUAGCUUGCCUCUAUGUAUAUAAUAAGAUUGAUCAAAUCUCAAUUGAAGAGGUGGAUCGAUUGGCCAGGUUACCACAUCAUGUAGUGAUUUCUUGCGAAAUGAACUUGAAUAUGGACUAUUUGUUGGAGAAGAUAUGGGAAUACUUGGCACUUGUUCGAGUUUAUACCAAGAAACCAGGACAUGCACCGGAUCUAGUCGUCCACGUUGUGGCCCUUCACGGGCUGUGCCAAGCCCUCGGCGAAGGAGAGAUUGUGCUCACAGUAUCGAAGGCUGCUCUGGAUCGUGAGCGAUUGAGCGUUGACUCAUGUGCUCAAGAAAUGGAUGACCCUUAUCCUAUGGGUCCCUUAGUGCCGUGCUCCUUCUUGCCGGACGAAUUCAUAGAAUGUAACAUGCCAGAACUGCUUCCUUCUGCACACAACGACACAGUGGACGCUGGAUAUUGCUCGAGAUUUGGUGGUCAAAGAGCUGAAGAUGUAGAGUGGACAUGGUGGCAUGCAGAGCAUAUGCCCUGUGCAUUUAAUGUCUUUGCGAAGGAGAACUAUUUUUUCCAGAGGACACCGUUGCAAUCCAAGAUUCGUUCUUUGUGGUACACUUGGAAAGAUUCACCGCACGCACUCGAGGUCCUGCUCCACAGGCGCUCUGCGCCAAACGAUCGUCGCUCGUGUCUUUCGGUUCAAUAUACUGUAAGAUCUCCGAUCGUUCUUAUCGGAAGAACUUCAUUCCUGCACCGAAGAUGUGGUACGGUAUGGAUGGCUGCCGCUACAAGGAUGAACUCAAAUGCAGCUGCUGUGUUUGAGGUAUUGCAAAGAUUAGCCACAACAAUGACGGAGUACUUCGGAAAAAUUACGGAGGACAGUAUCCGCUCGAACUUUGUCCUGAUCUACGAAAUUCUGGACGAAUUAAUUGAUUUUGGGUAUCCGCAAAUGACAGAUGCUACUGUUCUGAAGACUUAUAUAACUCAAGCAGGAGUGCGCGGUGUGACGAGGGAGGAGCAGCAACAAAUUACAAGUCAGGUUACCGGUCAGAUAAGUUGGCGACGCGAAGGAAUAAAAUAUCGUCGUAAUGAGCUAUUUAUUGACGUCGUGGAAUGUGUGAAUUUGCUGAUGAACCAAAAAGGGCAAGUCUUAUCUGUUAAUGUUGCUGGCAAGGUUCUGAUGAAAUGUUUUCUAUCAGGAAUGCCUGAAUGCAAAUUCGGUAUAAAUGAUAAGAUUACUUUACAACAAUCCAGCAGUCGGAAUCAAACGGACGAUGCCACAAAAUCAGCUCGAACUGUGGUUGCCAUUGAUGACAUCCAGUUUCAUCAGUGUGUUCGUCUUGGAAAGUUUGAAACCGAUCGAGCCAUUUCUUUUGUGCCUCCAGACGGUACUUGUGAAUUGAUCAAGUACCGCACAACUCAGGAUAUCAAACUGCCCUUUCAGUAUGUUCUCAAGUCUGUUAAUGUUAUUCCUUUGGUCAGAGAAGUUUGCAAGUCUAAAUUGGAAAUAAAAGUUGUUCUCAAAGCUGAGUAUAAACAGAAUCUUGUUGGACAAAAAAUAGAGGUGCGGAUUCCUACACCACCGAACACAUGCGGUGCCACUUUGUUAUGCAUGAAAGGGAAAGCCAAGUAUAAACCGGGAGAGAAUGCGAUAGUGUGGAAGAUAAAACGGCUGGCAGGUGGGAAGAAGGUGCAGAUUUCUGCUGAUGUUGAUCUUCUGACAAUUGGAGUUCAGGCAAGUCCAAUUUAUCCACGA